GACCGAAAUGAAAAAGAAAAGAAGCCCUUUUGCCUGCACGACUGCACGUUUAUCUCAGUCUCCUUAUUUCCUACUUGACCAAACCUAUCUCUUCUAACAGUAAGAUCUUCCUUAGAUUCAUAUAUAGCUUCUCAAUAAACCUUCAUGUCCUAACUCAGAUCUCAUCCAAUUCCCACCUCAAAAGCCCAAAAACUCAACAUUCAUAUAUAGCUUUCACAAUCACCAUGUUUACAAGAAAACCCACUUCAAGAUUCAUCUUUUUCACCCUCAUUCUUGUCCUGUUUCUGAGUUUUCUCAUCACCAUCAAGGCUUCUGACCCCACCCCAAAUGCAAACGAUGAAGAAGAUUUGGAGAGUCUUGAGGAACUAAUAGCAUUGGAUGAAGAGGAAGAGAGACAAGAACAACAAGAAGGGUCACACAGUGUGAGGCCAUCAGAGGCUGAGGUUUUAACCAAAGCCCAGAGGAUUGUUCUUGAGCUUAACAAUGAUAAUACUAAGAGGGCCAUUGAUGGGAAUGAGUUUGUGCUGAUUCUGGGUUAUGCACCUUGGUGUGCAAGGAGUGCUGAGCUUAUGCCUCAGUUUGCUGAGGCUGCAACUUCACUCAAGGAAUUGGGGAGUCCCCUUUUGAUGGCUAAGCUUGAUGCCGAUCGGCAUACGAAGGCGGCCUCCACUCUUGGGAUCAAAGGGUUUCCUACUUUACUUCUGUUUGUCAAUGGUACUUCUCAAGCGUACACUGGUGGACUUUCAGCGGAAGAAAUAGUGAUCUGGGCAAGGAAAAAAACUGGUGUACCUCUUAUUAGAAUAAGCUCAGUGGCAGAGGCAGACGAAUUUCUUAAAAAGUACCACACAUUUGUUAUUGGCCUGUUUGAGAAAUUUGAGGGACCUGAUUAUGAUCAAUUUGUUAAAGCAGCAAUAUCUGACAACGAAAUCCAGUUUGUUGAAACAAGCAACAUUGAUGUUGCCACAGUUCUUUUCCCAGACAUCAAAGAUACUAACCAUUUCCUUGGGAUUGUUAAAAGUGAGCCAGAAAGAUACACUCCAUAUGAAGGGACCUUCAAAAUGGACAAAAUAUUACAGUUCUUGGACUACAACAAGUUGCCGUUGGUUACCAAACUGACUGAGCUAAAUUCUGCCAGAGUUUACUCCAGUCCUGUCCAACUUCAGGUCAUUGUCUUUGCAGAGGUUGAUGAAUUUAAGAAUCUUCUUGAGCCUCUUCAAGAAGUUGCAAGGAAGUUCAAGUCUAAAAUGAUGUUCUUGUAUGUAGACAUUACAGACGAGAACCUUGCAAAGCCUUUCUUAACUUUAUUUGGGCUUGAAGAAGCAAAGAACACUGUGGUGACUGCAUUUGAUAACAAAAUCAGCUCAAAGUUUUUGUUACAGUCAGACCUGACCCCAAUUAACAUAGAAGAGUUCUGCACAAGGCUUCUGGAUGGAACUCUUUCUCCAUAUUUCAAGUCAGAGACAAUACCAGAUAAUAAAGAGGCAAGCAUCCAAAUCAUUGUAGGAAAGACAUUUGAUGAUUUGGUUUUGAGCAGUCCCAAGAAUGUUCUUCUGGAGGUACAUACACCAUGGUGCAUCAGCUGUGAAACCACUAGCAAGCAUGUUGAAAAGUUGGCAAAGCACUUCAAAGGCUUGGAUAAUCUGGUCUUUGCAAGGAUAGAUGCUUCCACUAAUGAACACCCAAAACUGCAGGUAGAUGAAUAUCCAGCACUCUUCUUAUACCCAGCAAAUGAUAAAGCAAAUCCGAUUAAACUAUCUACAAAAUCCGGUUUGAAGGAGUUGGCAGCAUCUAUCAACAAACACUUGAAAGCCAAAGAUCAUGUCAAGAAAGAUGAAUUGUAGAAAAAUAUAGCGACUGAAUAUAAACCCUAAAGAAAAUGAUACAGGAUUAGUUUUAGCCAAUAGAAUCCCGAGAGAAAAAAAUAGCACUCAAUCAAGGAAGAAUAAACGUUCUUUUGGCAUCAAUAUGUGCAUUGUUGGUCAAGGUUCUUCCAUAGUAGCAAAAUAUAUAUAAACAUGUCUUUCUUCCUUACAAAGUAGACUGUAGACACUGAGUUAAGGGGUUUUGUUUUGUUAUUCGUGACAGUGAUAUUGUCAAGAUGACUGAGAUUAGUUUAGCUAAAGUUUCAUUUCAUUUGAUUAUGUAACUCUAUUGAAAGUUUAUGGAUAACUGAAGUAUCAAAAGAGUCCUUUGAUAAGCAA